CAAAAAGAUGGCUCAUGAGCUACUCGAGUCAAAAAGUUUCCCAGACAGGAAAUUACUCAAUGACUUAUGUCAAGAAAAAGUAUUUGGGAGAAAGUCCACUGUUGCGAUAGAUACAUGCAAGAAAAUCUGUCUUUUCAUUAAAAGUUUAAAUACCAACAUCAUCGACGUUUGGCCAGCAAGAAAAGCAGUCACUUUGACAAAAGGAGAAACUUUUGACAUAAGAUUUGUUGUUAUCACAGAGAACCUAAAUGAAGAGGGCAGAAAUGAUUUGGAAAACCUCAUACAAUCAUAUUACGACACACUUCCAUUACGGGACUGCGAUCAUCUUAGCUCAGAAGAAACAUAUUUGAUGAAGGAAAGGGGUUACAAAUUUAGAGAAGACGACCAAAAUAGAAUAAAUGCUUGCAUAACUCUACACGCUGAUAGUUUACUACAGAAACAUACAUACCUUGGUAUCAUAUCUGGCUGCCCCUUUAGAUCAGUUGGAUAUGACACAAGUAAUCACAAAAUCGUUGCAACGCCAUGCAUUGUUCUAAAUGUUCAAUACAAGGGCUACAUUCCUAUUGACGAAGAGCCGUUUGAACGCCAGUACGACGGAGUACAGGUCGAUGUAAGAGAAGACAUCUUUGUUCUGUAUAAUUACACAGCAAAAGAAAGACACGAUAAUGUGAAGGCCGGCUGUCAAAUUAGUGGCGAAACUGACGAACGCGGAAAGUGCCCGAAAGGAACUCUCGGUGGUUUCGUUAACCAUCCCGACUAUGGUCUGUGUGGAAUAUCCUGCUCCCACGUUCUGUUACGGCCGAACGAACUGUCACAGAUAGCAGGCGAGAGUCAAGAAAUAAAUUGGAGUAGAUCUACCCUACCAGCUGGGCGAAAUGUUGAUACGUGGCAGGGUAAUGUUUAUCAACCUUCUAAGGUAGAAACCAGCAAAGGCAAUGUCGCCGACGAUAACAAAAUUGGACGUUUGGUAAAAGUAAUUUAUCGACGUGGCAAGACGAGUUCCAAAGAAAUGGAUCAAUGUGGUAUAGAUGCCGCGCUUUUUCAGUUAAGCAACAGAUUACCGAUUACGAGUGAUUUUCCAGCUGUGAAAGUUUCUGAUGCAGACAUCUCACCUGAAGGUACCAAUAUAGAUUCAGAGCAUCGCGAAAUACCAGUGCAGUUCGGGACGGGGACAAUUGGUGGGUUUGCCUGGCAUGACCAAAAAGCAUAUUCAAAAUACGGAGCUAUCACCGGUUACACAGUUGGAGAACUUUUCGACUGUAGUAUAGCCGUUAAAGAACCGUUUAAUUGGACUCAUGCAAAGUCGUUCAAAUAUAUAUUACAUAAUCAGCUAAGCCUUAGUAAAGCAAACAACGGUAGACAUGACAUCUCGCCGUUAGACAGACCAGAGGAAAGUUCAGAUUACUUUGCGUUUGAAGGGGAUUCUGGAUCAUUAGUGCAUCAUGAAACAACGGAUGGUAAAUUAGUAUGUGUCGGAAUAGUCGUAGGUGGUAGGAAAAGUCAGAAGACAUGUAUUAUUACACCUAUUUUACCAGUUCUAAAAGCUAUGGGUAUAUCGGACUUUAAGAAUUUCGACAGUGAGCGUAUGGAGAGUAAUGUGAAAAAGAUGGUUGUAGAGAUGAAAACCAUAAAUACAAAUAUUGAAAACAUGGAUAAAGAAAUGAAAGAUGGGUUUACAAACAUUUCAGAACAAUUAAAUACAAUGCAAAAUACCGGAAUGCGCUGUGUAAUCAUUUAG